ACUACUGAAAUCGUAGUGCGCUUUUAAAAGACAACAGAGACAGACCACUUGUAUUGUCAAGUUCGGAGGAUAUGCACGCACACCUAUGGAGGACCUUUGAUUGAUAACCACGUCGACCUUAGCGUAUCCUUUAUCAUUCUCCGUGUUUGUAUUUGCAAGGGAGAACAAGAAGAAAUGUAUUUAUAACUAAUCUAUUACAUUUGGAGAACGUCUUGGAAGUAGCUAGUGCAUAAUUUAGAAUACCCGUUCUAGUUGGGAGAAGUGACUGCAAAGAUGCGACUUCCACUUACAUUCAUUCUGAUUUGCGAGCUUUGUUGGGGUCUUAAAAGGGACAUGGUCAUUCAGUUCCAGCGGUCGGGAGUGGUCGGUGAGGUCGAGCAGGUAUUGAUCAACGGAGCCGCUCUCUCCAGCUGCGAGAAAGACGUCAACGGCAUUCUCCGUGCUGUAUUGUUGGGCAACUACAGCGAGUCUUUUCAACAGGCGUUUGAGAUAGAAGAAAAUGUCAACAACACCAUGACAAAAAACCAUACUUACCAGUACCUGCGUGUGCAUGAAAGCAAACUGGACGGAUUUCGAGUAGUGCAUUUGACUGACCGGCUCCUGGUUGACGGGAAUGACUUCCUGACUCUGGACCGAAACACAGACACCUGGACAGCUGAGGUACCACAGGCCCUAGCGCUCAAACACCUUUGGGACCAGGACACUGAGCGCACAAGGCUGGAAAGGAUUCAACUCCAUGAGAGCUGUGCCAAACGGAUGAAGGAGCUCACACAUUCUGAGCCCAUCACCACUGGAGUCCCUUGUUUAACUAGUUAUGAAGCAGGUGAAUCAGGGGAAUUCCUGUUGUGUUUUCAAGGAGGGAUGUCCAUGCUGGCUGCCCUUGCUUCUUUGCUAGCAGGCCUGGCCUUUGUUGCCAUGGUUACCACAAGCUUCCUCAUCUUUAAACAACAAGAUCCCAACAUUUCAGGACACCCUGGAGGUGUCCUUGGCUCCAUCGUCCACUAUCCUCAGAACGUCACAGAAACACCUUGUCCAGGAAAAGGCUAUCAGGUUCUCUAAAACCCAAAGCUCCUUUCCCAAUAUACUUCUGAUGUCAACUGGUCACUACACAGCAGUGUGGUCACACCCUUUCACCUGUCUUUGUGCUUGUCUCCUGGUCUGUUGCCAGUUUGUCUUGUCAAGCCUACGAGCGUGGUUUUCCUAGUCUCUUUUUUCUAGCCCUCCCGGUUCCGACCUGUUCUGCCUGCCCUGCCACUGAGCCCGCCUGCCUGACCAUUCAGCUUUACCUGACCUCGAGCCCGCCUACCCCCCUGUACCUUUCGGACUCUGACUUGGUUAAUGCACUUCCUCGACCUGCCUAUUGCCUGCACAUUGUAUUUUAAUAAAUAUCAGAGGCUCGAA